AUGUCGGACGAACCUGCGCAGUUGCCAGACUUACAGGCGCUGCUACGUGACACAGAACAGGAGAACGAAGCUGAGCGCCGAGUUGCUGAAUUGCGUGGGAAAACGUUAUUCAGUGAUGCCGAGGCAUCACAUGAACGUGCAUUGACGAAGCGAAUGUUGUUGCAGGCUAUUUUGCAGGCACCGACUCCUUGCGACAAAAUGAGACGAGUAUCUCAACCCGUGGCUCCAGUGUCACAUGACGAGUUACAGGAGAGAAGGCCCUUGACCACACAAGACAUCCUGGAACAUGAAGACAGCUUUGACUGCGGUGGCGGUGUUGGCAAUGUUGUUGCGGGUGUACAGGAAGACAGCUUCGUACCAAGGCGCAUACGGAAGAAACAGCCGAGACCUGAUGGCACAAGGUCUCCUUUCUUCCAUCACUUCUUUGCCAGAACCGUGGUGACUGCAGAAGAGCAACGAAUCAUGGAUGAUAUAAACGCUUCUGGUUUGUGUCACCUUCUACGUCAAUGGGCUUCCGGUCUCUUAGAACAUGCGCAGUCCGUUGUUCAGGAAGAACUACAUCAUCUGGCAUCUACAUCCGCUUACAAGAGGGAUCCCUUUCAAGAUGAUUUUCCACGAAGCUCUUCUACAGACGAUUGGUUGUUGAAUCGGCCAACCUGGCAUGUGGAGGUACUAAACAGCAGCACUAUGUCUGAUAAUGAGAUUAUUGAGAAAGAAAAGACUGUUGUUGGACGGCAAGGCUUCGUCAGUGCAGAGAUGUAUCGUGACUUCUUGAAUGCUGAAGAUCGCCGCCCCAAAAUUUCAGACAUGCCACAAAAUAUUGUUGAUCUUCGACACCGAGUACUGGGUCUACUCCAACGAAUGUAUAAGCUCCAUGGUCGUGGUGCUGAAUAUUGCGAUAUCAAGGAUGUGCGUGACCUCGGUCCAUUGUUGACUGCUAUCGGGAUCAAGUCCGAAUCACGAGCAGCGGCUGCAGGUGGACGUAUACUAACAAAGUCUACGGUUGCCAGCUGCAAAGCGGGCAACUGCAGCUGCUUGAGUUUGUUGCCAAAGCCGUGA